AAUCUAUUCUGUGGCUAACUGGGAGCCAGUGUAAAGACUUAAGGACUGGGGUUUGGCUGCACAGGGUAUGUUAAUGACUGACCUGUCAAAUUUAACUGAGAAAAUGUGCAGUAUCUGAAAAUGCAGGGGCGACAGAACAGGCAAAUAAAACGCCAGUGGUAUCUGAUACGGCAGGGAGUUGCAGGGCCACCUAUGUGUGAAUAAGCCUCACGCCUUAGAUCACCAGUUUCAACCUUCAUCAGCACCCAUGAAGCAUCCAGCACUUCAGGAGCAAACUGCAAGAAUUAGAGCUGAGAGCAAAAGAGAGGAUUUGCAUUGAAAACCCGUGAGGUUGUCUGGCGCUGCAGCCACCAGCAGAUGGCGUAGUUUUGUUGGAAGACGGGAGGAGCUGCUCGGUGUGAAGCUGCGAAACCUCUGCAUGUUAAAAACAAGAGCUGCGCACGCUCAGCUCCUAUAGAUUGCAUAUGAGAGUACACACGUCAGUCCUUCAUCCUGGUGGGCCACAGUGAGUACGUGCAACAGGAAGCAGCUGAUUCCCGCUGAUAAAGCUGUCAGGCAGCCACAGAAACAUCUGAGAGUCUGCUCACCCCCUCCACAUCCACUGCAUCCUCAGCGUGACGUGAAGAGUUUUUUCUUCGCUUUGCUGCAGACAGGUUGAUGAUGAGGAAGCUUCAGUUCUGUAAGCCAAAAAUGUCUAACCACGCUGACACCUCCUAUCUGCUUUCACUUUAGAACAUCAUGACAUAAAGGAAGUCUUUUCAGUUCAAUAACCCUCUUGACCUGCAACUGACUUUACUUCUGAGUUCAUAAUAUGAUGAAAGACAACACCAGAAGGCUGAUGGGUUCAAAUGAACACAAAUAAGAGAAAUGCCUCUAGUGCCACGUGGUUGCAGUGACGGCAGGACAACAGAUGACAAAGAGAAUGUCACCACAAGGCGAUAACCUCCAGAACUUUUGAUAGAAUUAAAGAAAAGAAAACAAAACUUCUCUAGAUUAAAAGUAAUUUUGGUUACACCAUAAUAUUUUCUGCAGAUGUUCACUGAGCCGUCCUUAGUGGUUACUUUUCCAUCCGACCAAGUGGAAACUUCAUUACAAUCCAUGUUACCUGAUAGGCUUUUUUUUCUUCUUUUUUUUAAAUGUGGUGUAAUUUGGAACUUUUUCGGGAAAUUGAAUUACACAAGAAGCGUUGGUUGUUCAUUUGCGUUUCUGCUGCGUCCUAAAACAAAACAAAACAAACAAAAAAUAAUAAAUAAAACUCCAGGCUUUUAUUCUAAAGUAAGUUAAAAAUCGAACUGUUUACUGUGACACGAGGGCUACAGAUACAGUCACUCGCGGGCACGAUGCGCAUCUGUCGUGGUCGUGGACGCGCAGCUUGAAGCAACAGGCGGGUAAAGCGCACUGAGAAGACUGCCUGUGCUGAAAAUUAAUGCUAAAAAUAUCUUUCCUCCAGCUCCACCGGACACACACUGUGUCUAUAACUUGUUAUUUUAGUCCGAUUGGACAGCACCGCGCACGGACUACGCACGGUGGAUACCUUUACGCGCGGCGGCAGUUGUAAAUUGCUUGAGAAGACGUUGAUGCAAGAGGAAAGAGGGCGGUCAAAGUGUGACGGUAAACAGCGUGCCUUGCUCUGGCAGCGGUUUCACUCCCAACUCAGCCCCUGUUCGACUGCGUCUCGCACGUGUAAUGUAUUGUUCGUCCAGGGCUCAGCUCCCGGCACAGGUCACGCAUGCUUGAAAAUACCUCCGCGCACUUGAUGCCCGCUUUGGUGAUGCCAUGCCCCGGAACCACAGCGGAGACGAAGGCGGCACCGGGCUCUGGAUGAGGACAUCGCCGGGGCACCGUAACGAAGGCUACGGCUUGAAAGAUGUGGAGUCCGGACGAAGGAUGAUGAACAACGCGGGAGACGGUUUGCUGUCAGCCUCCACAGCAGCAGGUGCUGCCGGGUCCGAGAGCCUGAGAGGGAAGCAGGGAGCCCGGCUCAGCCUGCUGGGGAAGCCGCUCAUAUACAGCGCGCAGAGCGGCCGGAGAAACGUCCGCUACCGGCGGCUCCAGAAUUACCUGUACAACGUGCUGGAGAGACCGAGAGCCUGGGCGUUCAUCUACCAUGCGUUUGUGUUCAUCUUGGUCUUCAGCUGCCUGGUCCUCUCUGUUUUCUCAACCAUCCCAGCUCAUCAGGACUUCUCCUCCUACUGUCUCCUCAUCCUGGAGUUUGUGAUGAUUGUGGUGUUUGGGUUGGAGUACAUCAUCCGUAUCUGGUCGGCAGGAUGCUGCUGUCGCUACAGAGGAUGGCAGGGACGACUCCGCUUCGCCAGGAAGCCUUUCUGCGUCAUAGACAUCAUAGUGCUGAUAGCUUCAGUAGCAGUGGUGUCGGCGGGGAGCCAGGGCAAUAUCUUCGCCACCUCUGUCCUGCGGAGCCUACGUUUUCUUCAAAUCCUACGCAUGGUGAGAAUGGACCGCAGAGGAGGAACCUGGAAGCUUCUGGGCUCUGUCGUCUACGCACACAGCAAGGAGCUGGUAACCGCCUGGUACAUCGGCUUCUUGGUUCUCAUCUUCUCUUCAUUCCUUGUCUACCUUGUGGAGAACAAGUUCAACAAGGAGUUUGCUACCUACGCUGAUGCCUUGUGGUGGGGAACGAUCACCCUGACAACCAUUGGCUAUGGGGACAAGACACCAAAGACGUGGACAGGACGGAUGCUGUCUGCAGGGUUUGCUCUUCUGGGCAUCUCGUUCUUUGCCUUGCCAGCAGGUAUUCUGGGCUCCGGCUUUGCCCUGAAGGUCCAGGAGCAGCACAGACAGAAGCACUUUGAGAAAAGGAGAAAUCCAGCCGCCUACCUCAUCCAGUGUGUUUGGCGUAGUUAUGCGGCUGAUGAGAACUCGGUUUCCAUUGCUACCUGGAAGCCUCACUUGAAGGCGUUGCAUACCUGCAGCCCUACAAAGAAGGAGCAGGGAGAGUCUACGACAAGUAAAAUUCAUAGUAAUAAACAGAAGCUACUGAGGAGGCGUACCACUCGGAAACAUAGUCAGAAGUUGAGCUUCAAGGAGCGGGUGAGGUUGGCAAGUCCUCGAGGUCAGAGCAUCAAGAACAGGCAGACGUCAUCGGUGAAUGACCGGCGGUCUCCGGUGGCUGAGGCUGGGACAGAGGGCACCAGCCCUGCCAAGGUCCAGAAGAGCUGGAGCUUCAAUGACCGCACACGUUUCCGACCCUCACUUCGCCUUAAGAGCCAAUCACGCUCCACCACUGAUGACUCCAACAUGGCAGGUGAGGACGGCUUUGAUGAGAAGGGCUGUCACUGUGAGAUCUCGGUAGAGGACUUGAUGCCAUCCGUCAAGUCUGUCAUCAGAGCUGUCAGGAUAAUGAAGUUCCAUGUGGCCAAGAAGAAGUUUAAGGAGACUCUGCGUCCUUAUGAUGUCAAAGAUGUGAUCGAGCAGUACUCCGCUGGUCACUUGGACAUGCUGUGUCGCAUCAAGAGCCUGCAGACCAGGCUGGACAUGAUAGUAGGCCCACAGACCCUGAGCACCCGAGCCAAGACCUUUUCCUCCCCCUCCCUGCCUGUCUAUUACAGCCAGGGCAGAAAGAACUCCACCCAGGGAGUCGACCAGAUCCUCGGAAAAGGACAGAUCCCCCUGGAUAAGAAGAUCCGAGAGAAGCUGCUGUCUGAUGGAGAUAUUUUAGAGGACAUGAGCAUGCUGGGUCGCGUCUGUAAGGUGGAGCGGCAGGUCCAGUCGAUCGAGUCAAAGCUCGACUCCCUCCUCGACAUUUAUCGUCAGGUUUUGCGCAAAGGCUCGUCAUCAGCCCUCACGCUUGCCUCUCUGCCUCUGUUCGAGUUGGAACAGACCUCUGACUACCACUCCUCUGUCUUCAGCAAGGACCUCUCAUGCUCCACCCAGGUCAGCAGCAGCGGAGCACCUCCCCCUGGAGGCUGUGUGACACACUCCUCCACCAGCUCCCACCUUUCCCAGGGAGGGCUCCAUCUCAUCCUGGCGCCGCCCAACGAGCUCAACCUCAAUCUCAAUGCCUCCUCUUCCACACCUCCCUCUGGCCUCCCGUCCUCCUCUUUCAGCCCAUCGCCGCUGCCACAUCACCAUCAUCAUCACCACCACCACCACCAUCAUCCUCACCAUAAUUAUUCCCAGGCUCAGGCCACCACGCCAGAAAGUGGCACUGAUGAAGCUGUGGAGAGCUCUUCACCCAUCCUCACCCCAAACAGUAUCAGCAGUGGCGGGGGCGGAGGAGUCGGUGAUGGAGGGUUUCCUCUCCUGGCGAGGCUUCCACCACCGCCACCUCCCAGCCGAAGUGGGGGCCCGAGCAACUUGCCACGGGCGACCUCCAUGGAAGCAUCCCCCGAUAUGGAGGAUUUUUGUGGAGGGUUAGGGAUGCAAAAGGAGGACAGCAGUGUGGUGGAGGACCUUGGCCUUGGGUUAGGGCUGGGCAGAUUGGGGCAGCAGCUACGGAGCGGUACCAACAGCAAUGGCAGGAUAAACACUCAGGAGGAGGGCUCCUGGAGGAGACAUAUGAGCCUGGAGCUGCAACCUCUGGUGCCACCAGCACUGGGCUGCUGCUCUGGCCCCAGCCAGAUAGACCAAGGCUUGGGCAAGUCUGUGUCAGUGCAGGACCUAAUGCAGGCAGCCCCGGGGACUGUCCAGGACACCCACCACAGUCUCUCAUCUCCAAGCCCCAGUACAAGCAGUGACUCCCACAGCUGUUGUCAAGACCCUGGGGGAGGAGGGGGCAGUGGUGGUGGUAUAGGCAGGAGUGGUGGAGGUGGAUGGGGUGAGGAGGACCUCUUUAUCAGCGACAGGGAGAUAGAGACGCAAGGAUUUGACUUCCUAUCACUGGGGACUGCUGAGGCCCACACCUACUCCUCGGAGCUCCUGAGGACAGGGAGCAGAGCAGGGGCAGGGUCCCAGGGCUCUAACCGUAGCCUGCCCCAGGGUCAGGCAUCCUCGCCCUCUGCUGGCAGCAACGAAUUGCUGAAUAUGCCACACGUACGGCUAAAAUAAACUUGCCUCGACAUGUGCGGAAGGCACGUAAAUCUCACCUCAAAGAGACGGUUUUUAUCCUUUUUGGAGGGGAGUGGGAGGGCGGGAAUAUAAUAAGGGGUCCUUUUUUUUGUUUUCAUGUUGAUCCAUUUGAUCAGAAUCACAGUAUUUUCAUACAGGCUGAUCACGUGGCAUAUCAUUGCAUGAGUUAAUCUUUGUUUUUAAGUAUGAUCGAUAAAUCUGAAAUAAAAGAUGAAGGCUUGUAUAAUGGAAACACAGACCCAUAAAACCUCGAGACUUUGCUAUUAAAUAACUAGACCAACUAGAGUUGGUCCUGGAAGACAGUCGAUGGUUGAUGUGUGACCGUGAGACAGAGCAUGAGCAUUGCAUGUUUUCAGUCAAAGAUACUGAAGUUAGUAAGAUAUAGUUUACAUUUGACAAAGCAAGAAUGCAUGGACACCUAACGGUUAUGGAAGAUCCUCACUCAGCUGCUGUAAGUGGAUAAAAUUGGCCUUCAUAUUUAGAUGUACCCGCAUAUACAAGAUCUAUUUCACCAAUCACAUGACAGGCUUCCAUGUUGAAGUGAAUGUUACCUCACCAAUGCCAAACUGUUCAUUCUCUGUUUGUGUCACUAUAUCUAUUGAAUUUCCAAACCAUUCUAACCACCUUGGAAAACCGGAUAACCUCCUUAAGUUUUCUAUUCUCAAAUUAUAUGAAUUAUAAUCCUUAAUCAAUGAUUUUGGUUGCCUACAAUCUUUUCAAAAUUCCCACAAACAACGACUAAGUGUAUAUGCAGGUCUUAGGUCCUAAACUGCAGGGUUUUUUUUUUUUAAUGAGGGCAAUACAGAUUAAUUUUUGCAAUAAUUUCUGUACACUAAAUCAUAUUAGUGGACUUCCGAAACAGGCUUAACUUCUGUAAUCCGUCACGGUGAACGUCAGGUUUUUGUCAGUGUUACAUGAACAUUGUGUGGUUAUGCAGUUGCAUGGUAAGUUAGUAAGUGCAGAUAGUUUUAAAAAGUCUGCAUUGCAUUACCUCAUAAUUAUGUCACUGUAACAGAAAUGACUUGAAUUACUUGAAACGAGCAAGUUUAAGAAGCCAGCUAAUGAUUUGCAUAUCAUACUGCCAACAAUGUUAAAGAAAUUUCUGAGCCACAGUAUGUAUCAUACAAGUAAUUUGUAAAUAGGCUAAAACAUGCAAAACUGGUAGAACUGGUUCUUUAUUUUGAUUUUAUUUUUUAGUUAAACUGAACUGGUUUGUAUCUUAUUUUGUAAUUCUUUGACAACCACAACUAUAACCUGUUAUUGAGAGGUACAACAAGAAGACCCAGACACAAGAGAGAAAUGUCAGUGUUGUUGUAACUAAUAUUUGAACGCUUAUCGAUGUGACUUCUGCCAACAGUCAGCUGUUGUAUGUGGUACACAAUGUUCAAAGCACAUACACACAUGAUGUACACACCUAUAUACGUACAUGUGUGUAUAAAAAGGUCCAUUUACACACACAGCCAGCUGUGACGCCACGUCCAUUACGCUGUGUAGGGAUGUUGGGUCGAGUCCAGAGGAAAGGAACAAGGGAGCAGUUGUUGCUUAUUUUCAAAUCAAUUAUGCACCGGUCGGUUGGGUUUCCAACUGAUGACAGCCAUGGAUUGAAACACAUCUUGAAUGUCAUUUCUUCGUUUUAAACAACGGUUUGUACAGUGUCUUAGCAAAGCACUUUGUUUUGGUUUGGAGACAGAUACACUGAAAGAAAUGUUCAGAACUUUGUAUUGCAUUUGGCUUUUUGCUACCCCGUUUCUACGUGAAAGGAAGAUCUUAUUUAAAUCAUGGUCAAUGUUUGCUUUUUUUCAUACAGUGUAAUGUGGGAUUAUUAUUUUUUUUUUUUAAUAGAAUGUACUCCUGUUGCAUGGUACAGAAUCAGGUGCAUCAGGUAAGGUUAAGUGGCUCUCUCCAAGUAGCAAAAUGAAUAUAGCACCACAAGCUGCAGGUAAAUAUUAUCCAUAAAGCAUCCAAAGCCUCAGUGGUGAAAAAUCACCUUGACCUAGCAGUACCUCAAUGAAUUCUGGAGACCCGUAUCAAAGACCAGAAUAUACGUGAGGGAGGCUGGAGGUCAGUUUGGGUUCAAGAAGUGGAUUUUAGUUUCCUUCAGAUAUUUAAAUAUACUUUGCAUGAAGAGGUUGUCAUAUCCAAACCUAUUUAUAACUGAGAAUGAAUGCCAUAUCAUUAAGACAAAUCACUAUGUAUGGUUCAAAAUGAUUGCAUCAGAAGUAAAAAAAAAAAAAAAAAAAA